GCGUCCGUGGAAACCAAACACCAGGAGGAUAGUUUGGUUUGUCCUGGAUUCAUUUCAUUCAUUUUCUCUGCGUUUCUGUUGAGGGUUUAAUCAUCUGCUUCUCUCCUGAUCUCAUUUUCAUUUCUAUAAAUAUAAGCAGCGCCAAUAAGAGAUCAUGGGAUCACCAUUGAAAUGCAGCUACCUUGGAAGCUUCUGUCCACCUUCAAGCUUGGAGAAUAUUUCACCGAGUUCUAUUAAUGUUCAACAAAGGCCAGAAUCUCGUAAUCUGCUUGUCGUUGGCUCAAAGAACCAUAAUGAAGCUGAGAGCCCAGCUGCCAACAGCAAAGCUAUAGUUUCUGCUUUGAAAAAUCUUCAGAAAAAAAUUCGUUCUUUAGAGGUGGAACGGGCAAAGGCUGAGCAGAAAAUGCAGAGUCUGGGAUUGGAAGCUGUUCAGUACAAAAAUACCUUGGAGCAAGAAAAGAAAGAUGCCAUCAAGAAGACUGGAGAACCUAAUGAACUCUCUGUUCAGCUGGCAGCUGUCGAAGGCCACUGCUCACUGCUGGAGAAACAAUUAGAAUAUAUGAGGACUAUGGUGGAACAUGCAGAAACGGAGAAGAAUAUUUUAUUGGAAAAACAGGUGUCAUUGCAGAUGGAUAGGCACUGGGAUCAAGCAGAGCUGCAAUCAAAGCUUGAAAAACUAGAAAUCCUAGAACAAGAGUGUUUAAAAGUUAAUGCAACACAAACCAGAGCUGAAGGUAAAAUUAAUGAACUACAACAGAGACUUCAAGAAGAAGAACAUCAGCGUAAAUUGAUCCAAGACAAAGCGGCUCAGCUUCAAACUGGACUUGAGAUAAACAGAAUACUUAUAGGAUCCUCUUCUGCAAAAAAGAAAACAAAAGUGAAGAAAAGGAAAGGCAUUGUGAAGAAUGAGAUGAAAAAGGAAAACUGUCAGUCACCUCGUCUUUGGCCAGGACAAGUAGAAUUUCCAUUUGUUGCCGGCACAUCCAUUAGUUCCAGCCACUCUGUUGCAGCAAAUGUACAGAAUGUCCUCCACCUGAUGAAGCAUUACAACACAAUGACUUCUGAUGGAAGGCAGAAGUUUCCUGGUCAACAGACCCUUAAGAAUUCAAUGGAAGUGACUUGUGACAAUGGCAGGGUGAAGAAUGAGGAUUUGAAGUUUGUACCAUUCUCUCCCUCAUCCUCUUCAUUGACUGAGGGACUCUCAGAGAUCCUUGUGGCAUUGCAGGAUGAGCUGGGUCAAAUGAGCUUUGAGCACCAGGACUUGCUGAAACAAAUACAAGGUACCAAAAAUAUAAAUGUCCGUGAAGAUUUGGAACGUGAACUGGACUGUCUAGUGAAACGGAUGGAGAAGAAAGGGGAACAAAUUUCUAAACUCAAAAAACACCAGGAUCACGUUGAAAAAUUGAACCUGAAAGCGAAAAAGAUGAGAAAACAGAUGGCUGAAACAAAGAAACGAUCAAAAGCUUUAGAUGAAAUAAAAGAAGUUACCCCUAAUGCAUCAGUAAAGACAAAUACUGCUCUGGGGAAGAAAGGAAAAGAAAGCCUUCAGUUGCUUAGGAAUGCACAGAAGCUGCAGUUGACCCUAAGGAAAAAUGACAUUGUAUGGGAUCAGUGAUCACAGGAACUUGUAAAUUCACUUUGAGUUUGAAUAAUUGCUAUAGAGUAGACCUGUGAAUCUGUACAUUUUAUUGUUUUUUUUGACAAGACUCUUGUUGCUCUGAAAUUUGACUUUAAAUACUGCAGAUACUGAUUUGAUGUUUCAUGUUGCAUUUUUACAUUUUUAAUCUACAAUCAAAACGACUUACUAUGCACAUUUGUUCCAAUAUUCUUGUUGGCACUAGGUUGCUGAAUGUUUUGUAUAUGUGUUACUUGUUUAUCCACACUAAUAAAAGCUUUUUAGAGCCU